AUGUUGUUUGCUGCUAAAUUGUUAGAGGAAUUGGCAGUGACAGAAAGUAGCGAUAGCCCAAUCAUAUGCCCUACUGAACCUACAGAACCUGAAGAUCCGCUUGAUGACCCAGAUGACCCAGAUGACCCAGAUGACCCAGAUGACCCAGAUGACCCAGAUGACCCCCCCAGUCUUCCGCUUCCUGAUCUGAAAAUGUUCAGGAGAGAAAUUCUUAACAGAAUCAAUAAAAAUAGGUAA